CCUUAGCUCAGUUGAUUGUUGACCGUCGAGAUGCCGAGAUUGUCGAGCAAGUGCAGUGCUGCCGCCGCCCUAUGGGGCGCACCUGCAGUGCUCCUGAUUAUUGUGGCAUCGUGUCUCAGUGGAUUAGAGGCAGCCACAAGCACAGGCGGAGGAUACUGUGCCCCAACGCUUUGCCAGCUAUACAACGGCAGUCAUGUGGUGCAAGUGCCACAUACGGCGUGUGGGAAUAAUGGCAGCUUUGGUGUGGGUUGCGGAGCCGAGCCAAAGCUGCUGGCCAUGAAUGACCGGAGACGCCAGCUGCUGCUGGACAUGCAUAACUUGGCCCGCUCGAAGAUAGCCAGCGGAGAGCUGUCAGGCUACAAUAGUGCCACACAUAUGCCGAUGCUGCGUUGGGACGCAGAGCUGGAACAGAUGGCAGGCCUGCAUGCAAAGCGCUGCCAAUUCGCCCACGACAAGUGCCGCAACACGCCGCGUUUCAAGUUCAGUGGGCAGAACAUCGGAUACUUUUGGAUUGGACGCGAGUUCAAGUCACACUCGAGGCGCAUGAAGUCCUUUGUGCUCAACUGGUUCAGGGAGUAUCUGGAUGCGAAUCAGACCUUCAUCGAUAGCUAUCGUCCGCAUCCCCAGGGCAAGAAAAUCGGACACUUUACGCUGCUUGUCUCGGAUCGUGUGCAUCGCGUGGGUUGUGCUGCUGUGCGGUUUCUCGAGCCCCUGGCCAGCAGAUACCAGUUCAUGCUCACCUGCAACUAUGACUACAACAACAUCUACAAUGAGCCCAUCUAUCAGUCGGGCCCGGCGGCCUCCAAGUGCGUCCAGCACCAAGUGAGCGACAAGUUUCCGGCCCUGUGCGACUGGCGGGACGCCGCCUACGACUAUGACAGCGACGAGAGCGCCGAGGAUGGCAACACGCUCGACAACAACAUACCCCUCUAAGCCAUCUAGGAAUGGAUAGUAAUUUUUCUUAGCCCUCCCCACCUUGUAUAGCAUUUUCCUUUAUUAUUUUUUUUUAGCAUUUAAGUCCAGCACCCUCAAACACCACCACCCAUCCACUGAAGAAGAUCAACUGCCAAUUGGUAUUUUUUGAAUAAUUUUCCACAUCUGUUGAUCGUUUAUUAAAACACAAAUCUAUGUACAUUGA